CCACGCUCCCUCUCUUUGCGCCCUCCAUACCUCGCGAGCCACCCCCCAAGGCGACCCUCUCCUCCUCGGCGGCGGCGGCGGCGCAGCGGUGAUGCAGAUGGCAGCGACCACAACCGACUCUCAGGUGGCCGUGCCGCCUCACCACCCGCACUCUCACCCCCAUCCCCACCCCCACCCUCCUCCGCAACACGCGCACCCGCACCACCACAUGCCGCAGCCCCGGUGGGUCGUCCUCCCCUACCCGCCUCCGCCGCCGACCAUGGUGGCUGCACCUCCCCCGCCUCCGCCGCAGUUUGCCAAGCACUAUGCACCGGGGCCGCCUCCACCCCCCGCCGCGGCCGGGCGACGCACGCCGACCCCACCCGCGGCCGGAUCCGGCGGGAACGCUUGCGAGGAGAAUAAGACGAUCUGGGUCGGCGACCUCCAGUACUGGAUGGACGAGAACUACCUCCACAGCUGCUUCGGUCCAAGCGGAGAGGUGGUAACAAUAAAAGUUAUCCGCAAUAGGCAAACUGGACAAACAGAGGGAUAUGGUUUUGUAGAAUUCUAUUCCCAUGCAUCAGCAGAUAAAGCACUUCAGAAUUUUACUGGUCAUGCGAUGCCUAACACUGAUCGACCGUUUAAAUUAAACUGGGCAUCCUAUAGCAUGGGCGAAAAGCGAUCUGAAGUUGUCUCGGACCACUCAAUAUUUGUUGGUGAUUUAGCUGCUGAUGUUACCGAUGAAAUGUUGAUGGAGCUUUUUGCUAGCAAGUACCGCUCCGUGAAAGGAGCUAAAGUUAUUAUUGAUGCAAACACAGGCCGUUCUAGGGGUUAUGGCUUUGUUAGGUUUGGAGAGGAUAGUGAUAAAUCUCGUGCAAUGACAGAAAUGAAUGGUGUGUAUUGCUCUACUAGGCCAAUUCGUAUAGGACCUGCAACACCUAGAAGAACCGCUGGUGAUUCUGGCUCCUCAACACCUGGACAUUCAGAUGGUGAUUCUACUAACAGAACGGUUUAUGUUGGUGGGCUCGACCCUAAUGUUAGUGAAGAUGAGCUCAGGAAAUCAUUUGCCAAAUAUGGCGAUGUUGCCUCUGUAAAAAUUCCUCAAGGGAAGCAGUGUGGCUUUGUUCAAUAUGUCAACAGAACUGAUGCGGAAGAAGCACUACAGGGAUUGAAUGGAUCAGUCAUUGGAAAGCAGGCAGUUCGCCUUUCAUGGGGCCGCAGCCCAUCACAUAAACAGCCAAGGGGUGAUUCUGGUAACCGAAGGAACAACAUGUACUACGGGACCCCAUUCUAUGGCGGCUACGGCUACGCCUCCCCUGUCCCGCACCCCAACAUGUACGCUGCUGCUGCUGCUUAUGGAGCCUACCCUUUCUAUGGCAAUCAGCAGCUAGUGAGCUAGAGAGCUCCGUUCGCUCCUUUCCCUCCGAUGGGAAACAAGGUUUUGAUCUGAUGAGAGAGGAUAGCAGUAUCAGAAGAGGUGUUAUAGAUCGUCCUAAAAGUGGGGUGAGACAGGUGAAAAAUGAGAUGGUGUCUGUACUCUGUAGUGUCUGUUGUGUAUGUGUUGCAAGAACUAGAACUCUAGGCUUGUGGACACCGAGAGUCAUGUGUGAUUCUUUCAAGAAAUUUUGACUUGGUAAUAAGUUUAAAACCUAUGUUGUUUGCGCUCCCA